AUGAAACGCCUUACACCUCACAGCCAUGAAAGCAGAUCGGAGAAGCGAAGAAAAAACACUACCACCAUACCUACAGAAUAUGAUUUAUUUAAGGAAGAGAGCUUGAACUCACUGAUUGCGAGAAGCAAGCGUGAUUGGGAAGCUAGUGAAAUCAUUAAGAGAAAUGGUUAUAAAUUGAUAUUUACUGAUAUAGCAUUUCAUAAACUACGAGCCAGCUCCUACAAAAUUUGGGAUUUGAAAAACUAUGAGCUCAAAUUCGAAAUGAGUGGAAAGGAUGUCUUUGAAGUACGACUGAGUCCUGGAAAUAUUCUUGUGAUCUUAAGGGAAAAGAAUGGAGUUCAGCCAAUUAAAUUGAUUGACUACGCAUCUGGACAGGUUAUCAAAAGUCUCUAUCUUAAAACACAAAACAGAGGAAAGGUAUUAUUUUUGGAGCUGUUUCUAGAUCGCUUAUUCUUUUUCCAAGAGAGGAGAGAUCUCACAAUCAUCGAACCUUUCAAAGAAAAGGUGUUGUCUGUUGUAAAUAACUUUAAGAAGCCCUACUCGUUCAUAUACAUGUACAAACAUUGCAAAUACAUUGGGUUUAGAGGCAACAAAAUUGCUGUUUGGAAUCUGCAAGGAACUGUUGACGUGGAAUUUGAGGACAACAUAUUGGCUGAUGGUGAAGGAAAAUAUUGCACGUUCUAUUUGAGUGAAGAGCAAGAUGUGAUAAUUUCUAGCUGCUUAGUCAACCCAAUGGACAAAGACCAUUGUACAAUCAAUAUAUCAGAAAUCAAAACUGGCAAGCUGUUGAAGAAGAUUGAAUGCCAACUUAGUGACAUCACAGCGCUCAUGUUUUGUGAAAAUAGGCAGGAGUUGUUUGUGGGACAUGGAAAUGGCCAAAUUACGGUUUAUAGCGUUUUGGCAAACAAGUAG